UAAAGAAAAAAAACGUCCCCAGAGUUGUAUGUCCGUUCAGAAACAGCUGACUCUCACCUCGGGACGGCCCCAACUUCACCCCACGCUGAUGGACGUCUACGGCUACGUGUGCGCUCUGCUCCUCUGCACCGCCGCCACGCAGGGGAAACCCACGCUAAGGAAGGAGAGGGUGUACCAUGAGACGGACCUGAGCAAGAGAACCAACGAAGACAACAAGAGCUUCCAGUACGACCAUGAGGCCUUUCUUGGCAAAGAGGAGGCCACAACAUUUGACCAGCUCACUUCUGAGGAGAGCAAAGAUAGACUCGGUAAGAUAGUGGACCGCAUUGACGGUGACAAAGACGGCUACAUUACCGCCAGUGAGCUCAAGGCUUGGAUAAAACGAGUGCAGAAGCGUUAUGUAUAUGAGAACGUGGCGAAGGUUUGGGCCGAUUAUGACUUGAACAAAGACAACAAGAUCUCGUGGGAUGAGUACAAGCAAGCCACAUAUGGCUAUUACCUCGCCAACCCGGAGGAGUUUGAGGACGCAGCAGACCAAUUCAGCUUUAGAAAGAUGCUUCCACGGGACGAGAGGAGGUUCAAAGCAGCUGAUCUUAAUGAGGAUCAAGCGGCAGACAAGGAGGAGUUCACAGCCUUCCUCCACCCUGAGGAGUUUGACCACAUGAAGGAUAUUGUGGUUCUGGAAACCCUGGAAGACAUUGACAAGAAUGGCGAUGGACAUGUGGAUGAGGAUGAGUACAUUGCUGACAUGUUUGCCCAUGAGGAUGGAGGUCCUGAGCCAGACUGGGUCAGAACCGAGAGAGAUCAGUUCUCUGACUUCCGGGACUUAAACAAGGAUGGAAAGAUGGACGUGGAGGAGAUCCGCCACUGGAUUCUUCCCAAAGACUACGACCAUGCUAAUGCUGAGGCCAGACACCUGGUUUAUGAGUCAGAUCAUGAUAAGGACCAGAUGCUCACCAAGGAGGAGAUUCUGGAGAACUGGAACAUGUUUGUGGGAAGUCAGGCCACCAACUAUGGAGAAGACCUUACCAGAAACCAUGAUGAGCUCUAAGAAAUCAGUACAGCGUGUGUGAGUGUGUGUGUGUGUGUGUGUGUGUGUGUGUGUGUGUGUGUGUGUGUGUAUGUGUGUGUGUGUGUGUGUGUGUGUGUGUGUGUGUGUGUGUGUGUGUGUGUGUGUGUGUGUGUGUGUGUGUGUGUGUGUGUGUGUGUGUGUGUGUUUUUCAAACAGCUGUGUCCCAGACUCUUAAAACCCCCUGCUCUAUCAGGACCACUCCAUCUUUUGGUAGUGGGACAGCUGUUGGAUAAACGGGUACAUACCCAGUAUUGUAGGUAGCCCACCAUGACAGUGGGGGGACUACCGAUGACAGUAAGGCUCCUCAGUGUUUACAUUAGCUUGGUUGUGUUUCUGACAUUCAGGAGCAAAGCCAAAAACCCAGAGGAGAUGCUUUACCGACCGUCAGCGGUGCCUUCCAACAAUAUGACUGGCGUAGCUGCCUCAUACGUGAUCUGUUUAUUAAGAAUCAAAGCUCACAGCUGAACUUAACACAAAUUAGCAGAUACAGGAACCUUUACUUUGAUAAGGACUUUUAAUGUGAAAGCACAGCUCAGAACACUUAUUCUGAUUUUAUUUAUUUAUAGUCGAAUUUGCGGGGUUGAGGUCUGGGAGGAACUCAGUGGUCAAUUGAAGAUCCUUAUUUUUAUACCUAAGACAAUUGGUGAUUUUUUUUUUUUUGGUUUACACUUUUUCAGGCCAAAUAGUUUGAAUACUUUCUGAUUGUUAGCUUCCUCUAGUUAAAUGUUUUAAGAACUGUUACUAACAUGAUGUCUAAAUGGCAUGAUCUUUGCACGUUCUUCUUUCAGUAUAGCCUGUGAAAGUUCACUUCUUUAUUCUUGUUUGUAGGAUUUUUGUGUGUGUGUGUAUUUAUUGUUAGACCUGUGGCCAGCAAGUGUAAUAAGUUUCCAAUUAAAUCGUUGCUGACCCUUUCAGUGUGUCAAACGUUUUUCCUAGUUCCGCCUUUCAAAGGUAACCAAAUGACAAACUAAAAUCGUAAGUGGAUUGGAUGUAAGUAAGGAUGA